AUGGCGAACAACAAAUCAGUAACAUCAGUUCAAACCAAAACACAAGGUAAUGCUAAACACAUAUCAAACUUUUCCAAGGAUGAAGGUGCAAAUCGACGUAUGAACAUGCAAAGAAUGCAAAAUGUCCUUCUUAUUUGGUUGGACAACAAUAUUAAUGAAAAUAAUGCUGAUUGUAGUAAUACAAUCAAACAACUGAAACGUGUUGUUAACAAUAUAAACACAUUUACAGAUGGCGACCAGUGUAUUGAAUUUAUUCAAACCAUCAAUAACAACAAAGUAUGCAUGAUUGUUUCUGGUUCACUUGGGAAAUAUACUGUGCCUCAUUUGCAUAAUAUGUCCCAAGUAGACACUAUUUUCAUUUUUUGUAACAAUCAAGAAUGGCAUAAACAAUGGGCCAAAGAAUGGCCUAAAAUAAAAGGAGUCUUCACAGAUAUCACAUCGAUCUAUGAAGCUCUCAAGCAAGCUGCUCACCAAUGUGAGCAAAAUGCCACAUCAAUCAGCUUUGUGGCAUCAAACAAGAAAUUGGAUCAAUUAGAUCCAUCAUUCAUGUAUACUCAGAUCUUGAAAGAGAUCUUAUUAACCAUCAAAUUCGAAGAUAAACAUUUCAAAGAAUUUAUUAAUUAUUGUCGUGAAGUAUAUAAAGAUGACGAAAAUGAAUUAAAAAAUGUUAAUCUAUUGAAAACAACAUACAAAAACAACAUACCCAUAUGGUGGUAUACAUGGGAUGCAUUUUUAUAUCGUAUGCUCAAUCAAGCAUUAAGAUCAAUGAACGUUGACAUGAUUAUUCGAAUAGGUUUCUUUACUAAUGAUCUACAUCGUGAUAUUCAACGACUACAUUCUGAACAAUUCGAGGGUCAUCAAUCAGGUACAACAUUUACAGUUUAUCGCGGACAAGGUCUUUCAAAAGAAGAUUUCACCGAAAUGACAAAAACAAAAAAUGGACUUCUUUCAUUUAAUAACUUUCUAUCCACCAGUAAAAAUCGUAAUAUUUCUCUUGAUUUCGCCCAGCAAGCUGCUACAAAUCCUGAUCUUGUUGGAGUACUAUUUGUUAUGUCAAUUAAUCCUACCCAUUCAACAACUCCAUUUGCUUCUGUUAGUGAUGUUAGUUAUUUUCAUACAGAAGAUGAAGUUCUCUUCUCUAUGCAUACUAUUUUUCGUAUUGGAGAUAUUAAACCAAUGGCUGGAGAUAAUCAUCUCUAUAAAGUGAAUUUAAUACUGACCAGUGACAACGAUCAAGAUCUUCGUAAUCUUACUGAUCGUAUCCGGCAAGAGACCUUUCCAAAUUCGAGAGGAUGGUACAGAUUAGGCCAGUUACUAUUUAAAAUGGGUCAGUUUAAAAAGGCUCAAGAAGUUUAUGAAAUUUUACUUCAUCAAACAACGGAUGAAAGUGGCAAGGCUCAUAUUUAUCACCAGCUAGGUUGGAUCAAAGAUGUUCAAGGAGAAUAUCCAGAAGCACUUACAUAUUAUGAAAAAUCACUUGCAAUCAAACAACAAUCACUUCCUUUCAAUCAUCCUGAUUUGGCUAUGUUCUAUAACAAUAUCGGUGUGGUGUAUUUUAACAUGGCUGACUAUCCAAAAGCACUUUCUUAUUAUGAAAAAGCUCUUGCAAUCAAACAGCAAUCACUUCCUUCCAAUCAUUCUAGUUUGGCUGCUUCCUAUAACAACAUCGGUAUUGUGUAUAACAGCAUGAAAGAUUAUCCAAAAGCACUUUCAUCUUAUGAAAAAGUCCUUACGAUUCAACAACAAUCACUUCCUUCUAAUCAUCCUGAUUUGGGUGCUUCCUAUAACAACAUCGGCUUGUUGUAUGACAGCAUGGAAGAUUAUCCAAAAGCACUUUCUUAUUAUGAGAAAGAUCUUGCAAUUAAACAACAAUCACUUCCUUCCAAUCAUCCUGAUUUGGGUACUUCUUAUAACAACAUCGGUUUGUUGUAUGAACAUAUGGGCAACUAUUCGAAAGCUGAUUCAUUUUAUGAGCGUGCUGUACAAAUUGGACAACAAUCAUUACCAUCAAAUCAUCCUAAUCUUCAAAGUUACCGAAAAAACCUUGAACGCAUAAAAAAGAAUUUAUAA